UCGAUUGCUUUCCCCUGGAGCCAUCAGUGACUCGAUAGCAGAGCUGACGCUAUCGCUGAUGCAACACACUGACAGGUCCUCCUCCACCACCACCACUCGACCGGUUUCUCUCACCCACGUCUCGUUGUAAGAAGUCCGGUUUUGAGAAGGCCCUGCGCCAUGGCAGAUCAGCUGAGUCCAGAUGAGAAGUUUGACCUCAUAACUAGGAACCUCCAGGAGGUCCUUGGAGAGGAGAAGCUGAAGCAGGUUCUCCAGGAGAGAGAGCUGAGAGUCUACUGGGGCACAGCGACCACAGGCAAACCUCAUGUUGCUUACUUUGUCCCUAUGUCCAAGAUCGCAGACUUCCUCAAGGCUGGAUGCGAGGUCACUAUCCUGUUUGCAGACUUGCAUGCCUACCUCGACAACAUGAAAGCCCCCUGGGAGCUGCUGGAGCUCAGGGUGAAGUACUAUGAACAGGUUAUCAAGGCCAUGUUGGAGAGCAUCGGUGUUCCUCUGGAAAAACUCAAGUUUGUCAAAGGAACUGACUACCAGCUCAGCAGAGAGUACACUCUGGAUGUGUACCGUCUGUCCUCCAUGGUGACAGAGCAUGAUGCUAAGAAGGCCGGAGCUGAGGUUGUCAAACAGGUGGAGCAUCCUCUGCUGAGUGGUCUGCUCUACCCUGGACUGCAGGCUCUGGAUGAGGAGUACCUGAAGGUGGAUGCCCAGUUUGGAGGAGUUGACCAGAGGAAGAUUUUCACCCUGGCAGAGAAGUACUUGCCUUCUCUUGGCUAUGCUAAACGCGCCCAUCUGAUGAAUCCAAUGGUGCCAGGACUGACAGGAACCAAGAUGAGCUCCUCAGAAGAGGAGUCAAAGAUUGACCUACUGGACUCCAAAGAGGAUGUGAAGAAGAAGCUGAAGAAGGCUUUCUGUGAACCAGGCAACAUCCAGAACAAUGGAGUCCUCUCCUUUGUCAAAUAUGUGCUCUUCCCCCUGCGUGGAGAGUUCUACAUUAAAAGAGACCCAAAGUGGGGUGGAGACAAAGUCUACACAGAGUUUGAAGAGGUGGAGAAGGACUUUGCUGAGGAGUUGAUCCAUCCAGGAGACCUGAAGGCCUCAGUGGAAGUCGUACUGAACCAACUGCUGGAGCCAAUCAGAAAGAAGUUUGAGUUGCCUGAGCUCCGCAAGCUCACCAACUCCGCCUACCCUGACCCCUCAAAGACAAAAGCAGGAAAGGGUGCCAAGGCAGGAGGAGGAGGUGGAGGUGGAGGAGGAGAGGAUGAUGAGCUGGCCCCUUCCAGACUGGAUAUCAGAGUGGGAAAGAUCAUCAGUGUGGAGAAGCAUCCAGACGCUGAUUCGCUGUACCUGGAGAAGAUCGACGUGGGUGAGGCGGAGCCGAGGACGGUAGUCAGCGGGCUGGUGGCCUACGUUUCACAGGAGGAGCUGCAGGACAGAAUGGUGCUGCUGCUGUGCAAUCUGAAGCCCCAGAAGAUGCGAGGGAUCGAGUCUCAAGCCAUGCUGCUAUGUGCCUCUAUUGAAGGGGAACCCAGGAGAGUGGAGCCUCUAGACCCCCCAGAGGGUUCGUCGCCAGGGGAACGGGUCUUCGUGGAGGGAUAUGAGACAGGAAAAGCAGACGACAGACUCAACCCAAAGAAGAAGGUGUGGGAGAAACUACAGGUCGACCUGAAGAUAUCAGACGAGUGUGUAGCUCAGUGGAAAGACAAGCAGCUGAUGACCAAAUUGGGACAGAUCACAUGUAAGACACUGAAAGGAGGCAACAUCAGUUAAACACGCAUACAUGUUACACUCACCACUGAAGCUGCUCCUGCUGGCCACCUUACAGCAAGAACACAUUCAUCACCAAAUUGCCAUGGUGACAAUGGUCAAACUUCAUCUGGAUGUUUUCUUUGGGAACGAUGGAAUAUUAAUGCCUAAAGUCUCAGAUGCUUCGGACUGGCUUAGACAAACUGUAAUCUUGCUUUGACUUUAUUUGGAAAAUUAUAUAAAAUUCCUCUAAACACAUACAACAAAAAUUAUGUAACUUAUCAACCUUUGAUUCAUUAGUUUCUCUUUUUUUACUGGGCAUUGGUGUUUUUAUUAAUGCACUUAAAUGUACAAUUACAACAAAUGUUCUGCAAAUCAGAGAUAACUGGGUGUUUAAUGGGCUGAAUCCCAACAUGGGCCUGUUCAGAUAAAGUAGGAUUCAUUGCUUGAAUGUUGCUCAUUCCUGGAAGCAGUUGAUAGGGAAACUCAGGUGUUUAAAAGUAAGAAUGGUUAUAUGGGUUUCAUACAUGGGAUGUGUAGAAAAAUCUGUUUACCUUGUGCUAUAGGACGGUUUUAUUGGGGGUAGUGUUGUACAGAAAUCAAUAUGUGGUCAUUAAUUGUCAUAAUCAAAUUAUACAUCAUCUCAAAUAUGAAAUAAAUUCUGAAUUUUGUGGUC